GUGCUGUCUGCUUCUCCUCCGCCUCCUCGCGGAUCGGGAGCUCUUGAAGCCAGCUCGGGGAAUGUGAGAACCGAAGCUCCUCGGCUGCCAGGCACCGCGUCGAGUUGGAAUUUGCCAGCAGUGCCCCGGCUCCACACGAGCUCGGAAAGGACUCGAGCGACCCCGGCCUGACGGCGAAUUCCGGCGGGACGGCGGCCGCCGCACGCCCAGACUCGGCUUCGCAGCGCGCCCAGAAGAUGAAUCCGUCCUCAGCGCCCCCUCCGCUCCCGCCGCCAGGGCAGCAAGUGAUCCAUGUCACUCAGGACCUAGACACUGAUCUCGAAGCCCUUUUCAACUCCGUCAUGAACCCCAAGCCCAGCUCUUGGCGGAAGAAGAUCCUGCCGGAGUCGUUCUUCCAGGAGCCUGAUUCCGGCUCGCACUCGCGCCAGUCCAGCACCGACUCCUCCGGCUGCCACCCGGGGCCCCGGCUGGCCGGCGGCGCCCAGCACGUCCGCUCUCACUCGUCGCCCGCGUCCCUGCAGCUAGUCACCGGCGCGGGCGCAGCGGGCAGCUCGGCGCAGCAGCACGCGCACCUCCGCCAGCAGUCCUACGACGUGACGGACGAGCCGCCACUGCCCCCCGGCUGGGAGAUGACCUUUACAGUCAGCGGCCAGAGGUACUUCCUCAAUCACAUAGAAAAAAUCACCACAUGGCAAGACCCUAGGAAGGUGAUGAAUCAGCCCCUGAAUCAUAUGAACCUCCACCCUGCCACCACUUCCACACCAGCACCCCAGAGGUCCAUGGCCGUGUCUCAGCCGAAUGUCGUGAUGAACCACCAGCACCAGCAGCAGAUGGCGCCCAGCUCUCUGAACCAGCAGAACCUCCCCACUCAGAACCCGGCAGCAGGGCUCAUGAGUAUGCCCAAUGCGUUGACCACUCAACAGCAGCAGCAGCAGAAACUUCGACUUCAGAGGAUCCAGAUGGAGAGAGAGAGGAUUAGAAUGCGCCAAGAGGAGCUCAUGAGGCAGGAAGCUGCCCUCUGUAGACAGCUGCCCAUGGAAGCUGAGAGUCUGACAGCAGUGCAGGCUGCUGCCAAUGCUCCUACCAUGACCUCAGACAUGAGAUCCAUCUCUAAUAAUAGCUCUGAUCCUUUCCUCAAUGGAGGGCCUUAUCACUCAAGGGAACAGAGCACUGACAGUGGCCUGGGCUUGGGGUGUUACAGUGUCCCUACCACCCCGGAGGACUUUCUCAACAAUAUGGAUGAAAUGGACACAGGAGAAAACACAGGACAGACGCCCAUGAACAUGAAUCCCCAGCAGACCCGAUUCUCUGAUUUUCUUGACUGUCUUCCAGGAACAAACGUUGACCUAGGAACUUUGGAAUCUGAAGAUCUGAUCCCACUUUUCAAUGAUGUAGAGUCUGCUCUGAACAAAAGUGAACCCUUUCUGACCUGGCUGUAGUCUGUGCCGUUGUAACUGGAUGCAGCAUGACCUGCCUGACAUUUCCUGGGCCUCUUGGAAAAUGCGAGGGAGCAGAAGAUGUAGGCAGGUGAACCACUCCCUGCCUCAUGACUCAUGCUCCCUCCUUUCCAGGUGGCCAGCUUACUAAGUGCCUGGAUUUGAUUGACAGUAACAAGUUAAACACAAAUAUUUUCUUUACAAUUUUGCAAACCCGCAUUCCUGCAGUGGGUUUUGCAGAAUUGUUUCUGCAGAACUGAUAAUGCAGAAUUGCUUCUGUUCUCUUUUGCUUUUAUAUGUAUCAGUGACAUUUACACACAUAUUGAUUAUAGACCAUAAAAACUGACCACAAGCAGUGACUUCUGACAGGCAGCUUGGUCCAGGAAAUGAACACAAAAUUAGACCUGAUUUGCAGUUUGAAAAACUAUGCUGAUGACAGUAGUACUAAUACUUUUUAAAGUAUUUAACUUGAGCUUUAAAAAUCAUGUAUGGAUAGUAAGAUUCUGCUGUAUGUACACAGUACAGUUUGGAAUUCAUACUGAUUCUGAUAGUUCUGAUGACUGCAUUUACAUGGGCACACAUAGUCCUCUUGUAGUUUAUCCUUUGUGAUUUCAUUACCCAGUGUCUAGGCAACUAGUGUUUCAGCAGGAGAGACAUUGCUGCUUUAGUCACCAUUCUUGCAAUGCAGAUUUUCUGAAAGAGACCAGUUUGGUACUAAUUAUAUGCAUUUGUAAAACAAAAAUUUUUAAAACUGCAAAAGUUGGAUCUUUUUAAAAUUACAGCUUAGAAUUGGGUGUUUAUUUUAUAGAGCACUAGUAAUUUUGUGGAUGCCAAUGAGCAGCUAACUGCUUUUGGUUAAUCAGUAACAAUGGUAUUUUUGUCUUUCGAAAUUAUUCAGAAAACAUCAGGACAACAUAGGUUCCAGCCUGAGGGUGGGGUGGGUGCACCCAGAAAUCUGUUGCUUUUUAAACUCUGGAACCUUAUGUGUUUUGCUUUCAAAAUUUCAAACAUUUAAGAUAAUUUUAUCUAUGAAACUGUUUUGAAGGAUGAAGCAGAUCUCUGACUGACGUUAAAAAAAAAAAACAAAAAAAAAAAACAACCUGCCUUCUGAAGGCACACGGUGGAGACAUAUAUUUCUGAAGUCUGAUGUCUAAGUAUAUUAUCCUAACUUUGUUUGCUACAGUUAGUAUAAGAAGGCAUGAAAUAUAUACUCAAUACCUCUUAUAUAACCAAAAACGUUUUAUUAUUAGCUUUUAAGGACUGAAAGAACACAUCCUGUUCACCUGGUGUGCACUCCGACUGCAUUGCCUAUGAAGUCCUAGCUGUUUAAUAUUUUGAACUGACAUUAUUUAUAAUCUAUGAAUUUCAUAUCUGUUUUGAAAGACACUAAUGAUUCAGGUCUCUUAGAGGAAACUUUUUAUUCCCAAGAGGGCUUUUUUGUUGGGGAUCUUAAAUAAGAUUCUUCUCCAUCUACCAAACACAAGGGGACAGAAUCCAUUUUAUCUUGUUGGAAAGAAAGUAAGUGAAAAGGUCAGAGAUGAAGCAGUAAAGUGAAAGAAACUGGUGGAAAGGAUACUAAUUGUGAAAGGGAAACAGACUUGUAAUAGUAUCCCAAAAGCAAGAUGAGCAGGAGGUAGGAGAGGUGCCCGGAAAGAACAAAGCAAUCAUUUUCUCCUACAGCCUCAGCCAAAACUGUUGUCGAGGGAAAGAGGGCCUUAGUGCACUUUAGUGUCCGAAAAGGGAGCAGGGCUGUGACUGCCCUGUUCACGCAGAUGCUGAGAAUGAGUGUGGACAGGGCCAUGAACCUGCUGUUGCUUCCAACACCGUGAAAUGAUGGCUUUUUCCUCAAGUGAGUCACGUUCCUCCUAUUCUUUCUCUAAAUCCACUGAGAGAGAUGGGGGGUAGGUGUUUAGGUUGCUACUAAAUUGAAGGGAGCACUAUUUCUUUUUCUCUUUUAUUAGCAAAAAUUGCAAAAAGUUGUACAUUCUAAGAAAAAGGAAAAAAAAAAGACAAGGGACCUAACAAAACUGAGCAGUGUUACUGUAUUUUUUAAAAAAUAUUUUUAUAGACUCAUUUUCAGGUUAUUAAAUGUUAAAGAAUAUCCCUUUUUUUAAAGGUAGAUAUAAUGAUGAUGUAUUAUCAACUUUUAGAAGUAAUUUCCUAGUAAGCUUGUGGCAUUAGAAAAUACUAGAAGUUUUUUUUUUUUUUGUGAAAUUAGUUGGAACCUUUAUUAAUGAACACAGUAUUUUCCUAGCAUAAGAUACAGACCCUGACUAUGUGUUUACUAAGAGAUAAAAUCAGAUAAAAAGUUUUGUUUGUUUUUAAGACCAUCAAUGAUGGACUUUGUUAGAGAGCAAUAAAGUUUGAAAUCUAGAGUAAGAAUAAUUUUUAAAAAGAUUUCCUGAUACCAUUUUAUAAACCCCUCUAGAAUUCAAGGUAAGGUGCUACUUAGACUUUAUUUCUUAUUAGAAAAUAACUACCAGGAUUUCUACUCGAUUUAGUUCUAAGUCAAUAAGUAAAUACCAUUUCAUCUAAUAACCUUGCCAUAGUAAAGGCAUAAUCAAAAUUGAAAUUGAAAAAUUAUUUCAGAAGUCUUGCUUUUAAAGUAAUAUUUUUCUGGAAAAACUACAUUUUCUUGAAGUAAAUACAUUGUCAAAACCUUUUGCAAUACUAUUAAUUGUUAGUGAUUUAUCAUAGAAUUUAAGAUAUGAAAUGACAUUUCUUUCACUGAUAUACACAAUAUAUGAAAAGAAUGUAAAACAGCAAUAAAUUGUUAGUGUACUGGGGGUGAUGUGAACCCCAGAGUGGCCUUCAAGUCCUCUGGAGGAGGUUAUUGGAGUGAGAGAAGUGUUGCUAAUUAGAAGUUGUGUUCUCAUUACAUAAUUAGAAUGUCAUUUUUGAAAGUUCAACUUUUAUAUAAAUAAAUUAAGUUUUUUAGAAAAAGGAAAUUGUAGAUUAAUUGGGAAAAUGGGCUAUUGACAGAGACUAUUUCCCUAAUGCAUUACAUCACUUAUAUGCUAGUUCUUUAACUUUUAAAAAAUUAUUUCCACAUUUUGUAAUAUGACAUAAGUGUGUUUAUUUUUAACUUAGAAGCUAUGCAUACAGAAAGUAUGCAGCCAAAUCAAUCAGGUAAAACCAUGUUACCUAGAGUUUGGUGCUGGUUUUGACUUGUCUGAUUCUGUAUAAGAAAAAUAAAUACAAUUGAAUUUC